AUGCCCAGGAUAUUCUCGGGGCGGCCUGCUAGGGGCACACGAGGUCGGAGGGCUGACGAUCAUGACGGAGCUGAAGAUGCGGACGACGGCCCCAAGAGCCCAGCCCCACGCUUUACAUUGGGAAUGCCUACGAUGCCUUCGCCCCGGUUCCGUAUGCCCAGCCUGGCACGGACAAGGACACGAGGGUCAUCGGACACGUCCUCACGCGCCGACUCACCGGCUGCCCGAUCGAACGAAGGCACUCCACGACAGUCACCCAACCGUACACGAACGGAGCGAUUCCCCGUCGUGGCCGAGCCAGAGGCUGCGCACGCAGACGACGACGACGACGUGGAGGGACACAUGGGCCGCACCCGAUUUCGAGGGACUGGCCCGGCCGAUCUGCACCUGGCUAAUCUGGCGAGCAGAGGCAGGCGACGACGACAUCAACAUCGACGAGGCGGCUCCGAUGCUUCGCGCAGAGAAAGACGCAGGAAUCGAGAACCACCCACGAAGUUCUUGUUCUGCUUCCCGUGGGUUGAGUCAAGACGCAUGCGGAGCCAGAUCCUGCGUUGUUUCGUGUCUGGCAUCUUCUUGACGCUGAUGCUGACCGUCUACCUCUCCCUCUCGAUAAGCAAGAACAUCAACUCGAGCGAGUUCACGAUCCUGCUGAUCCUCAUCAUCCUCUUCACGACCAUCUUCUUCUGCCACGGCCUGGUGCGCAUCUGCCUGCUCGUCGUGCGACCGAAGGGUGACGGGGACAACGCGGAGGAGGCCGAGGCCGAGGCAGUCCGCGCCGCGCAGCUGUGCGCGCCGGGCGGGUAUGCGAUCCCGCGCCGGCCGAUCCGCGUCGUGCUCGCGCGCGACGAGGAGGCCGCGGGCAUCGAGAGCGAGGCUACUAAGCUGCAGCCGCCGGCUUAUGGGCUCUGGCGGGAGAGUGUGCGAGUCGACCCAGACCGCAUCUACUGGCAGCGCAACGAGGAGCAAGAACACCAACAGCGACAGCGCCAACGCCAACGCUCCUCCUCGGGCGAGAGUGGGCGCGGCGAACCCGAUGGUGUGGUGGAUGAGGAUGAGGACCGGCCUCACACCGGUCAGCCGCGGCCGCCGUCGUACGCCUCGGAUGAUGGCGUUGAUUAUGUCGUCGAGGCCCGCCCGAGGUCUAUGGCGCCGCUGACUGAUGUGCCGUUGCCGCCGCAUCCCUCUGAGGUUGUGCCGGGACGGCCGGGUGCUUUCUAG